GUCAAUAGAUCAGCUAUGAUGAUGAAUGAUACGUACAGAGACCUGGUUGUCCAGCCAAAUCCAGGCCCUGUGCAGAUGGAUCUUGGCCCACCCAUCAAGAAAAUCAGACUUGGCGAAUCCAAAGACCUUCAACAACCUCUAAGGAUUGAUACAAGGGAACCUGUACAACAACAAUCGGCGCCUGCAUACAACCCCCAGGUUGAGGCGAUAUCACCAACUCUACCUCCUGAAUCUUUGCAAGAUGAAACCAAUUUCAGAACCACAAAGAGUGAUCUCUUACAACAUAUCAGCAAAGUAGACAGAGAAAUCACCAAAACCGAGUCUCAGAUAUCAAAACUGAAGAAGAAAGAGCGUGAGCUGGAGGAAUCCAGUAAUAAACCAACAACAACUAAAGAUGAGGAAGAGAUCACCCAGCCGAAGCACCAGAGUCUUGCCCAAAAAAUCUAUGCAGAAAACAGGAAAAAGGCGCAGAAGGCUCAUGGUAUGAUGGAGAAGAUGGGCCCCAAAAUAGAAUUGCCUCUUUAUAAUCAGCCAUCCGACAGCAAAGUUUAUCACGACAAUAAGAAAAAGCACGCUACUUUCAAGAAGAAGCUACUGGAACACCUGAGGAAAAAGCAGACCGAAAAGGAGGGUAGAGAAAAAUAUCUUUCUGAAACUUACGCUCGUCUCACACAGGAGUGGCAACGAAAAGUUGAGAAGAUCGAGAACUCACCGAAAUGGAAAGCAAAGGAAGCCAAGAACAGGGAAUUUUUCGAAAAAGUGUUUCCAGAACUGCGAAAACAGCGGGAGCUUCGAGAGAGACUGAAUAGGAUUGGAGCUAGGAUAAAGAGCGAUGCUGAGUUUGAGGAAGUUAUUGAUGGACUGCAAGAACAAGAGAUGGAGGAAAAGAAAAUGCGAUCCUAUGCUGUGAUUCCACCCAUGCUGUUGGAUGCCUCCCAAAGGAAGGUUUCAUACGUGAACAAUAACGGCAGAAUUGAGGACUUCGCUACUGAAUACGAGGAGCGACAGCUACUCAAUGUUUGGACAAAGGCUGAAAUAGACAUUUUCAAAGAAAAAUUCCUUCAACAUCCCAAAAACUUUGGUGUUAUUGCAUCGUACUUGGACCGUAAAAGUGUGUGCGAUUGUGUACAGUUUUACUAUCUAAGUAAAAAAGAGGAGAACUACAAAAGACUUUUACGCAAAUCGCGGCAACGAACACGCUCGAGUCGCAACCCGCACAGCAAGGUGGGAGCAGCCGGAGCGAGUGCAGCGGCCGGGUCGGCUGCGGCCGCCGGCGAAUCUCUGAUCGAUUCCCUGCUAGCGGGCACGACCGGAGUCACGACGCGGCUGCAACGCGAACAGCUGCAGAAGCAGGAGCCACCACCGCCACCGCCGCCGGAACACAAACACGAGCCCCGUAUUCCCGAGACGAGCCGCGUUUCUGAGCCGAGCGAGCCGCCGCCGAUCAAGCAAGAACCGAAGCCAGAGCCCCAGAGCGACCCGCCGACGCUGGCGAAACCUGACUGUGAUACUGCCAAGGACGCCGGUCCCGGGGACCAGCCUUCCACUUCCAAUGCUAAUGAGGCCAUCACUAACAACAACAGCAUCUCCAAUGAGGUCAAAAUGGACAACAAAAAGAAGGAACGGAGAAAAGAAGAGAAGAAGAAGAAGGAGGAAGAAUUCGGUGAAACAACAGACGAAGAGAUGCUAGACACACUGGGUGGCGAAAAAGGAACACCCCAGCCUUGCGCGGUGUGCAAGAGUGAUUCGGUGUCAUCUCGCGCCCUGGCUCGGUCUCACGCGCACCAAUACGGCCUGAGGGAGGAGGAUGUUGCGCCCGGGGCCCGCGUCUGUAACUUGUGCCGCUGCAAGGCGGUCAGGUCCCGAUACAUCCACUGUCCCCUCCCCACCUGCCCCGCCACCAAGGGACAUCGCGUCAAGAGGCUCCGCCAACUGCCUGGUAAAUGGGCCGAUCUGCCCAGUGCUGUCAAGGAUCCUAUCAUUGCUGAGUUCCAAAUCCCAGCAAACGUGACUAAAUGCUGCUCGGCUUGCUUCGCGCGAAUCCAGCGUCGCCUGACGCCGAACGUGGAUGACGGCGCGUCAAAUGCUGGGACAUCAGUAGGCCAAAUGCUGCCGCGCUGGACUGAUGAGGAGAUCGACGCUUUGUCGCGAGGCAUCCGUCAACACGGCAGUCGCUGGUCGGAGGUCAGUCGAGUGGUCGGCCCCUCCAAGACCCAGCAUCAGUGCAAGAACUUCUACUUCAACUAUCGCAAGAAACUCGGCCUCGACCAGAUCAUGGAGAAUUAUAAUAAGGAGCAUCUAGAAGAGAGAAAGCCUACUGUAACUGAUGAGGAGGAGUCUGGUUCUAGUACCUCUAGUUGUGAUGAUCUGGGAAUUCCCGCCCCUGGGGACAGUGACACUGCUAGUGCAGCUUCCCCCCACCCCCCUCAACCACAACACCAACCUGAAAUAGUUUCAGUUGAAAAACCCGGUGCUAGUGUGUCACAGAAAGCAGAGCUUCUUCCGCCUCCCGAGAGUGCAAUUCGUCUGAAUGCCACGGACGUGAUCACUGACGGUAGAACUGCGAGCAACAUGUCAGCUACCAGUGUGGUGACUGCCAAUGAAAUGCUGCUGGCUGAGGCGCGGCCGAUUGCACCGCUUCCAGUGCCCCUUCCAGUGAUCUCAGCACCCCUACCUCCUCCGCCCGUUAACGUCAAAGAUGAUUAUGAUAGUUCUGCCACGGAGACGGCCGACGAAGGUCAGGGCUCUCCGAAGGGCGUUGAUGCGGUGAGCCGAGGGAUCGUGGCUAGGGAGCGAGUCCAGCGGGAGGACCCCGACGCUGACGCGGCUUCAUCCCCGCUCACCGUCAAGGACCUCAUGCUGGGCGUCAUCGAAAUGCAACUGAUGAAGAACCAGGCGCAGAGCCAGGUGCAGAGCCAGGGUCCCACCCAGACUCAGCAGCCGACCAUCUCGUCCAUUCUGAAGACGACCGACCGGUCUUUCGUGCGGGAAGCUAAGAGCCAAGCGCAUGGUCUGGCCACUGUCAGUCUCGUUCCACAGCAGCCCAACUCUCAACCGGAUCUGCCCAAGGAGGGACUUGUUGUUGUGCAGAUGCAGCAGGUUCAGCAGCAGCAGCAGCAGCAGCAGCAACAGCAACAGCAGCAAAAACAGCAACAGCAUCAUCAACAACAACAACAUCAGCAGCAACAACACCAGCAGCAGCAGCAACAACACCAGCAGCAACAACACCAUCAGCAGCAGCAGCAACAUCAUCAGCAGCAGCAGCAACAUCAUCAGCAACAGCAGCAACAUCUUCACCAACAACAACUCCAGCAGCAGCAACUGCAACAACAUCAGCAACAACAACAUGCGCAGCAACAACAUGCGCAGCAGCAACAUGCGCAACAGCAACAACUCCAGCAGCAACAGCAACAUCAGCAAAGAGAGGCUUUAAGGGAACGAGAGAGAGAAAGAGAAAGGGAAAGAGAAAGAGAAAGGGAAAGAGAAAGGGAAAGAGAAAGAGAGCCUGAAGGAGUUACUUUGGAUCUGAGUUUGAAAAAGCCGCGAGAGUAUUCAACUCAGAGCUCAAAGCAGCCUCCAGGUUCCCAUGCGAUGACCACUGUUUAUAGAACAGGUCCCAAUGUACCUCCUCCCCCACCCCCUGCUCCAGUACCUGUGCCCGUUUCCAAUCAGGAUCCCAGCUACCCGUAUCAUCACCAUCAUCAGGUGGUAGAGGUGCCAAGAGGACCGAAGAUGUUCAUGCCAGGGGGACACGGUGCGACUCCCCACUUGGUGAUGUCGCAUCACCAGCCGCAGCCGCAAGCAAUGCCGCAGCCAAUGCCGCAACCGCAGCAGCCGCAACCCCCGCCAGUAGUAUCGCAGUCCCAGCUACUAAAUGUCCGCACUUCUCAUUCCAAUACUGGCAAAAUGAAUAAGAUGGGGUCAAGUCAGCAGCUAGGAGCGAAAUUAUCACCGGGUCUUGCAGCUGCUAAAAGUUCAGUGUCAACGGCAGGGUCAAUCCUGCACGGAACGCCCGUCUCGUCAGCCCAGCAGUCGGCUCAACACAAGGUGGUCGGUACUCCGGUGCACCAGAGAGGUGCUGUGUAUGGCAGUGGUGCCGAGUUCUACAGUGGAAGCAACAGCAACAAGCGUACGAGUAGCUUCUACCCGCCGCGACCCCCGGCGUACUCGGUGGAGCAGAGGCAGAUCAUCAUGAACGAUUACAUCACAUCGCAGCAGAUGCAUGGAGCGGCUCAGAGGCGCCCCCCGGCUCCCGGGCCCCCUGUGCACACAUCUCCUGCCCCGGCACCGGACAAGAGCUACUACCAGCAGUCGGCGCGUCAGGGUGUGAUCCAGCGGCACAACACAACUCGGCCGCCCAGUCCCCACCACUACCCGCCCGGCAGCGAGGCCUUCUCCUCAUUGGUCGACGUGGCCGUUCGCCAACCCAGUCUCCCCGUUCCCAACAAUCCUGACAAGGAGGACAAGCGUCUGCUCCACGAGGGCCUCGGUGAAAGAUUCAACCGAGAGAAUGCUCAUGACCGAUAUGCAAGUCGUGAACAGGAACGUUUUGUUCGCGAAAACCAUCAGCUGCACCAUUCACAGACCUCUCAGCAACAUCAAUUGCAACAACAGCAUCAGCAACAACAGGCGCAACAGCAGGCUCAACAGCAGAGAGAGUUGCAGCUGCGGGAGCAACAUUUGCAUCAUCAGCAACAACAACAAGCAGCAGCUCAGCAGCAAGCUCAACAACAUUUCCAACAACAGUGUGAUCACCUGCAACAACAGCAGCAACAACAGCAGAAACUCCAUCAUCAACAACAGCAGCAGCUCAGAGAGCAGAUUCAGAGGGAGCAUAUACAACAACAAAAACAACAGAUCAGGGAAAGUCAGCAGCAGCAGAUAAAGGAAAUGAGCAGAUCUCAAUCUCAGGCACAAUUACAGUCUCAAUCUCGAUUUGCAAUGUCCAGGGAGCCUGUUCCCACGUCUAGAGCACAUCCAGAGGCUAUCAACAUGAGAGGACGCGGAGCUCCGAGCCAGAACGAGAGCCCAACUUUGACUGCUGCAAGCCUGAUUGACGCAAUCAUCACUCACACGAUCAAUCAGACGGCUGAAGGAGGGAGCAGUGCCGGUGCUAGUGGCCAGGGUGUCAAUCCUCCUCCCCACCAUCAAUCUCAGAGACCAGGAGAUCGAUUGUUCCAGGGCUUCCACAGAGAUGGUUCAGAGGCGAACGGAAAGGUGUCACCGUUGAAACCCAGCGCAAGUCCGGACGCGUCCAAACAAGGCGUCUCACUCGGCGAUCACAUCGAGUCGAUAAUGAGCGCACGUCACCAGUACCAUCAGCAUCAACAACAGCAGCAGCAACAAGCGUACGAACCGCAUGCGUGGAAGCUGCGUCGCGCGUUGGAUCAAUCUGCGCAGUCGCAGCCUGUGCCGCUUUCUCCGCUCGAUUACGUCAAAAACAGAAUCGCGGAAGUGAUGCGUACAUCUGAGGAAGACGCAGCAGCUGCCGCUGCUUCUGAUCACGCCAACAACGAAGGUCCUCAACAGUUCGCCACUUACGCGUAUCCGUUUUCGGCGCUCAGUCUGAACACCAGUGUGAACGCCAAUCAAGGCCCCCCCGGACCCCCUCCGCCUCCCUCCAAGCCGGACUCUGCUCCUCCCGAGCCGGCUCCCCUCCUCUCUGCCCAAUACGAACCUCUUUCAGAUGAGGAUUAGUGUUCAAUCCACGAGUCGAGGCCAUCCGUAUUGUUCGGAUACUCUGCUCGAAACUGGAUGUAAACAAUUUACAUUUAUAACCCUUGGAGGAUGUAAUAUGACUGAACUCAAUAAAUUCUCGGCCUACGAAGAUUAACACAACGGAUAAUGAAAAGUCUGUGCGUCCAAACGUGGAUGUUGAAUAUGUAUCGCAUCUAUAUGUCCUCAAGUCUCCCACAAGUUGGUUUCAGACUUCUACAACACGAGGGUGAAUAAUUACGAAGUUGAAAAUCAUUCAAAUCGGUCGUAAAGAACACUUGACAUCGUCAAAUGAAGACACUCAUCGAACCGUAGCUUACACUAUGUGGGCUGGUCAUUGAUGAACGAACUUUAACAAUUAUUCGAUGUGGGUGGGAAAAAUGUGUUUGUAAAUGGAUCCUUUUUUAUCGAUACGCGAUGAACCAUGAAACGUAUGAGCUAUGCAUUAUUUCUCAGUAAAUCGGUGUCGUGUUAUUAUGAAUAAGGGGUUUUCCAGAUUUUGUGUUUAAAUGAAAUAUGCUUGCAUGCUCGUUCUUCGAUAUUGUAAUGCUGAUUGUAUGCUGUGUAAACCAUCUGAAUCCCUUAAAUGCAUGUUAAGGAACCGUUUGUUGAAAUAAAUGUUGUUUUUGAUGUUCACUGGAUGUAAAAAUAAUGUUAACUGUCCUUCUCUGAACUUUCAGCUCAUCUUCUUCCCAAACCCCCUUCACAACUAGCCUCAAUAUGAAAACAGUGUUUCUGUGCGUAAGUGUACCUACAACUCUUUAUUUACAAACUUGUGUGAGUUUCAUAGAAGAUUGAGAGAGCCCUCAUCAAUCAUUAUGUUAUAUUUUGCAUUAACUGAAUGACUGCAAUGUAUGCUGAAUAUUGAAUCUGAUGUUUCAUUGUAUCUAUGUCAACUAGAUGAUACUGUCAUUAAUUACGUUCCUUCAUUGAUGAUCAAUUGACUGAAUUUUUCGUUGAGAAAAAUGCCGCACAAUGUCCAUACCUCCCACUUACUAUAUCUUCCUUCUAUGUAUUCUCAACUCUUAUUGAUGUGGGCGCAUUGUUUACCUUCGAUGGAAAUUAUUUUCUAUCGAGAGUAAUAUAAUGUCCAGUUGUCGCUGUUAUAAACAUAUUGUUGUUAUUUGUUGUAAAAUUUAUGUGUCAAUGUUAACUCAGUGUAAUGUGCUUACUUUUAAUUCAAUAUUUUCUGGAUGUCAUGAAUUUUUAUAAAAUCUGUAAUAAAUGUGUCAGUGUCAACUAUAUGGAUCGAUAUUGUCAUUAACAAUUUAUUUAUAAGUUUAUGGAAUAACUGUUUGAUAGUCAGAAAAAUAUGCUGGCAACAUACCAGAUGAUGACUUUCGCUUUUCAAAUUCAUCUCAAUAUUGGUAUCGUGACAGAAAUUCUGGAAAUCUUACACUAGUAGACUUAAAAUUUUACUUGUAAUAGAUGUGUCUGUGUCAAUGAAUUGGUGUCAUUUCAUAGAUUACUUCGUUCGUAGUUUUCUCUUUGAUUAUUUUUAUUCUGUAUAAGUUUUACUGGAUUAACUACUCUGGUAGUUAACAGUUAGAGAUCUCAAAUCAUUAACCUAGUUCGCAUUUAUUGUAAGUAGCAUAAAAGAUGAUCAACUUCCCAUAUAUAUUUUUUUGAUUCUAUUUAUUUUUAAAUUCGGAACCACUGGUUCAUUCUCACAUAACUCAAAUUCUUAUUCAACGUGUAUCACAUAAAAUGGAUGUAAAAUAGAAUAUGUAUGUAACGUUGAAUAUAAAUAAUAUAUGUUGUAUUUGUAUCAAACGUGGUAUUUCAUGAAUGUAAAAUAGAAGAAUAGUAUAUGUCGUAUUUUUUUAUUGUAAAUUAUUGGAAAAUUCAAGCCAUCUAUAUUCUUCAAUUACUUGUAUAUUUUAUAACUUAUCAAUUAUGGGGAUUGAUCUCUAUCGAUCCAACUGUCAUGAUGUUACUAGAUAAAUUCGAGGAACGGAAAAAUAACUGAAUUAAAUCGAAAACAAAUAAACCAAGAAACAUGUUGAAACAAACCAAUUAAAUUCUCUAUGAAAUUAUUACAUACAAACAGUGAUUCAACGUCCUGGGAUUCGGCUAGUUUAUUUAACAUAAUAUACAGGUUUAAAUCGGAAAACCAUGAACCUAAAAUAAUGUUAUAACAAACCGACAACAUUAUCUAUAAAAAAUAACUAUAAAGUUAUUGUAAAUUAUUACAUAAAAACAGUGUUUUGACGACCUGGGAUUUGGCUAGUACUAAAUAUCCUCUACAAUAUUCAGGUUUUAAUCAACUCUCAUCACUAUAAAAAAUAAUUCAUGAAUUCCAAACUUGUAUGUAUUUUAUCUAUUUUCAGGAUGUUAGAAAAGCCUACUUGAGAGCAAUGAGAAGAGAAAUUCUAUCUGAAUAUUUAUAAUAGAAAAGAUUAGCUUUUUAUUUGAUAACGUGGCGAAGUUUGGACAAUAAUGUUCACUCUGCCAUCAGAAUGAAUAAAUCAUUAUAAACUUUACUUCCCAAUGAUGAUUCCAAUUAU